AUGAAGGCUCGCAACGUAUAUAUAAUAUAUUUACUAUUUAUAUCUGUUUCUGGUACUCAAUGGAAUUAUGGUAAUCUUGGACCAGAUAUUUGGAGUGAAUAUUAUCCAUCAUGUGAUGGUCAAUCACAAUCACCAAUCAAUAUUUUAACAGCAUGUACAGUCUAUAAAGAUUUUAAACCAUUCACAUUUAUUUCAACACAUGAUGAAAAACAUUAUUUUACAUUGAAAAAUAAUGGACAUACAAUUAUUGGUACCAUAAAUAAUGAAUAUAAACAAUCACCUAUUCAAUUAACUGGUGGUGGUCUCAAUGGAACAUUUGAAUUUGUAAAUUUUCAUUUACAUUGGGGAGAAAACUAUAAAUCAGGCAGUGAACAUCAAGUAAAUGGUGUUAAAUAUGCUGGUGAAAUACAUUUUGUUUAUCAAAAUCCUGUUACAUCUCAAAUGGCUGUACUUGGUAUGUUUAUGCAAAGUUAUUUACAUAAAAAGAGAUUUGUUUUUGAUAAAAACGAUCUUACACGUGAUGAAUGGCAUAGAUAUUUUGAUACAGCAAAAACAUUAACAUCUGAAAAUGAUUCAAUUCUAUUUGAUUCUAAUGUAACAUUACUUAUGGGUGAAAACUUACAAGAUUUUUGGAGAUAUGAAGGUUCAUUGACUACACCACCAUGUACAGAAGGUAUCAUUUGGACUGUUUUUAAACGACCUAUUAUUUUUAUGGAAGAAGAAUUCAAACAUUUGAGAGAUAAUGUUUAUUUUGAAGAUUAUCGUGGUCCUCAACCAUUAUUUAAUCGAACAGUUUAUCGAAAUUUUUAUAGUGAAAAGUUAUCAUCAAUACCAGACUAUAAUCGAUGUUUAUUAGAUUUUCAAUAUGAAAAAGCUAUGAACAUAAUUUCAUUAUUUGGUGUAAUAAAUUGUACAGCACGUUCGUUUUUCUUUUUUCUAUUAGUUAUUUAUUUUAUUUUAUUAUUUAUUUUAUUUGUUGUUUUUCGUAAAAUGCGUUAUUCAGUAGAAAGAAAAAAAAAUGAAUAA